GCAGGCAACAGGUGCUCUUCCCGCUCUACUUUUUUGCAGCAACGCGGCUCUGAUGUUGGUGGCUGUGGUGAUGUACACACAACACCACCCAACACACCUGUGGGACACUCACCAGAUGAUGCAGGGCUGUAUCUUGGUGACCUGUUUUCUGGUGAACCUUGGCAUCCGUCUCUACCUGACACCUGUCCUCAUCAAGCUCAUCACCGUCAAGAUCGCUAUUGAGCGUGAGGCGGGUCUUGGGCAGGAGGUGGGGAGCAACAAGCCCGGUCUCCUCUCUCACUGCCCUCACUACAUGCGCCUCUACUGCGCCUUCCGCAAGACACACAUGAUCAUCGCUAUUGGUAACAUGGUGUCUAUGGCUGCCACCUCACUCCACCUCUACUAUCUGGCCACCAAACUCUGCUCAGUACAGCUGUAAGGACUCCUCACUACCGAGUUCUAUAUAAGAGAAGAAAAUCAAAACUCCGUGAAUUUGUAUGUUUCAAUUACCUGUGCCACUGUGUCCGUACAAUACCUGGUACAUGUACGAUACCGAACUACCCUGUGAGACUGUAUACUCUCAUGUACACUCCCUCAGGCGUACAUGAAAUAUUCGAGUACUGCGACGUUGGCUGGUCCAAGGCAGCAGACCUCGAGGGGGCCACCAGUCUGGUUUCCCCGAUUUAAGAAUUGUGUAAUUUAUUCUCUACCUCUAGACCUACGGCUUGGCCUCGGUGUUAUCCUUGGCAGCAGUAACACCGGAAGCCACACCCAGCUGUAGUGUCCUUAUACCACUAAUAUAUAAGCUAUCAAUACUCGUCCUUGCACACUCACCUCACAGUACCAAGAUAAGUGUGUGAUGUUGGUCUGCCAGAAAGACCAGCUUGGUUUUGUUAGGUUCUGCGGCUUCUUUAAUAAAUUAGUCUUACGCUUUUUAACUACUUAUCAAUGUGAGAUGUUUAUAUACUUUACCCAUGGUGUGAGUUUUGGUGAGUAAAGAGGUAUUAAACUGUUGUGUUGUGUUGAUGCUUCAUUAAUGACAGUUUCCCCGAUACAGAACCCGCGUCUCAGCACCUAUGUUCUUUGGCGUGGUUCCUGACGCAGAAUGACCAACGAUAUAACUAUUGAAUAUAAGGAGGGGUUGGGGGGGGGGUAGUCUAGUGGUUCAAAGAGGCACGAUACUGUAUCUUUAAGCUUGUCUCUAUAGUAAGUUUUACCCGAUAAACACACUGUAACGUCUCCUUUACACACAUAUACGUACAUAGACGCAUUGCAACGUAUCCUGUACACAUAGACGUACAUAGACGCAUUGCAACGUAUCAUGUACACAUAUAGACGUACAUAGACACAUUGCAACGUCUCCUGUACACACUAGACGUACAUAGACACAUUCAUAGACGCAUUGCAACGUAUUCUGUACACACCUAGACGUACAUAGACACAUUGCAACGUCUCCUGUACACACAGACGUACAUACUGUAGACACAUUGCAACGUAUCCUGUACACACAUUGACGCAUACAGACACAAGACAAGUAGCGGGCCACCACUUGAACCCCCGCCCCCAAUGGCAGCAGAGGUGGCCCGUGUGUGUGUGUUUUAGACGGAAUAUAUUAAGUUAUUGGGUAAAAGAGGACAGACAGACAGGCAGAGAGAUAGACAGAUAGAUACAGUAGUAAUUAAUCAACCAAAUAUGUCAUCCAUCUCAUAUUAAUUACAUGCUUAAACAACUGACAAUUAAUCAGAGUAACCUAACCUAACCUCACCUAACCUAACUUAACCUAAUCCUUGGUCUCGCUCUCAAAUUACACAACUUAGGUCCGUCUCUAUGUGUUUUCCUUAAUUUAUCAAGCGUGUGUACGAGUGUAUGUGUAUAAUCUUUACAUAUGUGUAGUUUAGUAAGUAUAUAGAUAAUUGAUAUAUUGCAAGAAUAGUAGUUUGUGUACUGUUGUUUUUAUGAAAUUCGCUUUGUAGGUUAUAAUGAGGUUUCUUAUCUAAUGGACCCUCGAUAUACCGCACUUCCCUCUUCAUAUAGUACGUUAUAUGGAGGUUUCACUGUGUGUAUAAUGUGUUAAAGACAUCGGUUAUUGAGCAAAAUAUUCCUUGUUCUAAUGUUUGAGUUUCAUCGUGUUUACUACUUAGUUUUCUUUAAGCUAGCAGUUUCUUUAGUCUGUUGUUAAGGUACCAUGAACUGUUGGGCUAACACUGGUGGUAUACACUCAGGUUAACACUGGUGGUAUACACUCAGGUUAACACUGGUGGUAUACACUCAGGUUAACACUGGUGGUAUACACUCAGGUUAACACUGAUGGUAUACACUCAGGUUAACACUGGUGGUAUACACUGGCUGGGUAAUUCAUGAGAUAUUACCUUCGUCAGUUGGUUAAUUAAGGUUAAAACUUCGGUACUGGUGUUAACUUGAGUGUAGACUGUUAGAGUAAAAAGGUUCAACAGGUGCACAGGUGCCCACAGGUGCCUACAGGUGUUUACAGGUGCCUACAGGUGACACUGAGAACAAGAGAACAAAAAAUACAAGUGUAAAUGUUCUGAUAAUGAGCUAAACGCCUCUUUUAUUAAUGUAACAAUCAGAUGUCUGUUUUAAGUCAUCAAAAGCUCUCAAAAGGCAAAACGUUGGUAUUUUCACCAUCUUAUAUAUACAGUAGGUAGAAGAGUACAAUAAUGCAAGAUAUAUCACAAAAUGUACCCACGUUACUUCACACGAUCACCACCUAAAAUCUUUAAGACAAUGUGUGUGUAUAUAUAUAUAUUUUUUUUUUGAGACACCCUGUUAUAUAUGGCUAAUGAUAACUACACUUCACUGUUUACUCAGUUGCUGGGUAAUUCUUUCAACUAUUUACUGCAGUAGUUCAGUUUGGUUCCAUAGGUGUGUUCAUGCUUAUUGUUAUUCUGUGUUUGAGUUUUAUUUUUGUUAAUUGAUCACGAAUCCUACCUUGCCUUUAUAGUCAUUAUGAUAUUGUGUUUAUUAAUUAGAAAUGUCAUGUAACUCACGAAUCCUAGUCGCUAGUAGUUAAUGAGGUUUACAGUAUUUAUUUAAUUAUUAUGUACACAGGUGUUUAUGUUAUUACAAUAUUUCAACAUUC